AUGAAUGAUGAUUUACAAUAUUUUAAUGUUCCUCAUUCAUAUAGGGAUAAUAUUAUAAAAUGGAAUGGUUGGGGUUAUAAUGAUUCUCGCUUUGAAAUAAACAAAGAUGGUGAUAUUGUAAUGACUGGAAAUAAAUAUGAUAUUAGUGGAGAGAUUCUUCCUAAUUUACGUCCAUGGAUUGAGGCUAAUCUUAAUGUAGAUAUUAACAAUAAAAUUGAGCCAGUUUUGAAAACAGAAAUUAAUUAUCCAAAAGCAAUUAAUAAUCAACAAUUUAUUGAUUUUUUAAAAGAAAAUAACAUUUCAUUUACAAAUAGUCCAAUGUAUCGUUUGGUUCGUAGUCAUGGACAAACUCUUCAUGAUAUGUUGAUGGUUCGUACUGGUAAACCAGUUAGAAUACCAGAUAUUGUUGUUUGGCCAAAAUCUGAAACGGAUGUUGUUAAAAUUAUUCAAGCAGCUAAUACAUUUAAUACAGUAAUUAUUCCUAUUGGUGGUGGAACGUCUGUUACCAAUGCUUUAUCAUGUCCUGAAAAUGAAAGUCGUUCUAUUUGUUCAUUAGAUAUGGUAUUAAUGGAUAAAAUACAAUGGAUUGAUGAAAAAAAUUUUCUUGUUAAAGCUGAAGCUGGUAUUAUUGGACAAAAAUUAGAAAAAGAAUUGGCUAAGAAAGGUUAUACAUGUGGACAUGAACCUGAUUCAGUUGAGUUUUCAACUCUUGGUGGAUGGAUUAGUACCAGAGCCAGUGGUAUGAAAAAAAAUAAAUAUGGAAAUAUUGAAGAUUUACUUGUACAUGUAAAUAUGGUAACUUCUAAAGGAUUACUUUCAAAAAGUUGUACAGUCCCAAGAAUGUCAGCUGGUCCAGAUAUCCAUCAAAUUAUUCUUGGUUCAGAAGGAAUGUUUGGUGUUAUUACAUCAGCUGUUAUUAAAAUUUUUCCUUUACCGGAUGUCCGAAAAUAUGGAAGUAUUGUAUUUCCUAAUUUUAAAUGUGGUGUAAGUUUUCUUAGAGAAAUUGCUAAACAAAGAAUUCAACCUUCCUCAAUUAGACUUGUAGAUAAUGUACAAUUUCAAAUGGGACAAGCUAUGAAAACAAAAAAUACUUCAUAUUGGAAAUCUUUUACCUCUGAAUUGGCUAAAUUUUAUGUUACAAAAAUUAAAGGAUUCAAAGUUGAUGAGAUGGUUGUGGCAACCUGUGUUUUUGAGGGUACUGCUUCAGAAGUUAAUGUUCAGGAAAAAGGUAUAUAUGCAUUAGCAUUAGAUUUUCAUGGAAUUGAAGGUGGGGAAGAAAAUGGAAAAUAUGGUUAUAGAUUAACAUUUUCUAUUGCAUACCUUCGUGACUUAGCUAUGGACUAUGGUGUUAUUGGUGAAAGCUUUGAAACUUCAUGCCCAUGGGACAAAGUUGAAGAUCUUUGUAGAAAUGUUAAACUUGUCAUACAACAUAAGGCUAAAGAAUGUGGUAUCAGAACAGGAGUUAUAGCUUCGUGCAGAGUAACACAAGUAUAUGACUCUGGAGUUUGCAUUUAUUUUUAUUUUGGUUUUAAUUAUAAGGGACUAGAAAAUCCAUUAGAAACAUAUGAUACAAUUGAGGCAGCCUCUAGAGAUGAAAUUCUUGCAUGUGGUGGCUCUAUAUCUCACCAUCAUGGUGUAGCUAAAAUUAGAAAACAUUGGCUUCCACAAACAAUAGGAGUAACUGGGAUAUCAAUUAUUAAUGCAUUGAAAGAAGAAAUAGAUCCUAAUAAUGUUUUUGGAGCUGAUAAUUUAAUAACAAAAUUGUUAGAAUUAUAUUUUGUAUUAUUACAUAAUAGUAAAGAGAAAAUUUAUUAUAAAUGA